AUGCAAUUCUCAACAAUCUUCACUGUUUCAACUUUUGCUUUAUCAGUUUUAUCAUUACCAGCUCCAGAAAUUGUUACUGAAACUGAAUAUCACACUGUUACUGUUAGUGGUUCAUCAUCAUCAUCAACUGGAUCAAUUCCAAAUGGUAUUCCAACUGGUGAAUUUAAUUCAACAAAUGGUUAUAAUUCAACUCAACCAGGUUUGAACUCAACAGUUUCAUUAUCAAAUGGUACUUCAAAUGGUACAGCUGAUGCUCAAUCAACUGCUUAUAAAUUGAUUUAA